UCGUCGCCGAGGGUCUCCACGAGGAACAAUUCGAUGAGUGAAUGUUGCAGCUUUCGGUCGGUGCGGUAGAGCGAGUUAAUCUGGUUUGAAGUCGUUAUCAAAUUUGCACUAAAUUUGGAGAGAUUUGGCAACCGGCUACCUAAUGGGAGAAAAGGAUGGUCGGGCACUUGGCGAAAUUCGAGUGACCGAAACUGGAAGUCAUUUCCGGAUAUUUGGGUUAGCCGGACGGGCGGUUGGGCAGGAAUCCCUGGAGGGAGGCGAAAAAUUCGACAUUCCUGAGCCGAUCGAAACCGCGAUACCUAUACAAUCUAUAUUGCCGAUAUACAACUAUUUCACCAUAAUGACCGGAUGCGACGGAGGUGGCAAAGGCGAUGGGAGAUGUCACCGGCGACGGCGGAAUUCAGUAAUGACCGGAGGCAGUGGACCGCAGCGACGAAUCGAUUGGAUCCGAUGGACGCUAAUUAUGCUAAUUUUGAUAGUCGGUCAAUGUGACUCUCAGAUGGGCCGGCGCCGGAAUAGGAACGAACGAUGUCCGAGGGUUCGAGCGAUGCGCAACUUUGACCUCCCGUCCAUGAUGGGCUACUGGUACGUCAUCCAGUACUUUGCCUCGUCGGAAACUCUGCCGGAGUAUUCUUGCAUGCAGAGUUCGUUCAUCACCACGGACGGUCUCAUCACGAUGAACUUUACCUACUUCUUCUCGGACGAUCCCCUGCGGAACUUCCAGCAAGGCAACAUCACCUGGGUGAUUCCCAACUUUGCCCAACCGGCUCACUGGAUUCACGCCGAGUGGACUUAUGAAGAAAUCUACAACACCUACGUCAUCGAUACCGACUACCAAUCGUGGGGUCUGAUCAUGCACUGUGCCGAAAAGACCAAAUCGCAGAAGUAUCUUUCGGCACUGAUGCUGUCGCGGACUCCAACACUGACCCAAAAUGUUAUCAAUUUCCUCCGGGAAAAACUACCGCGGUACGAUAUCGAUCUGAGCUGCAUGUUCCCGAUUUCCCAGGUUAACUGCAGUCACCGGGAGGUAGACCCGAAAGCGUACUUCAAGUACGAAUCCGUCUAGCUAAGAUGGGUGGGAUUUUAUGUUUAGUUACUUAUAUAACAAUAUGACAUGUGAAUAUAAUCAUUAUUUUUUAUAAAAAAAAUGUGAUCAACAGGAA